AUGAUCCCACAAACACCUUCAUCUACUGUCUCAGGCGACAGCUCGGCGAAAAAACUUCUAGCCUUGGGUAGGCCAUUCGUCGAGUUUCCGAGAUUCAGCAUCCUCGAGAUCCAGACCGAGCGCGACCUCGACAACCAGCCAGUACCUUUCUCAGAAUGGCUCACAAGACAAUUGCAGCUCGGCAAGCCUUUCGUCAUACGUGAUUUCGACAAGCUUGAGCGAUGGCCGCGACCACCUACCAGUACCGACCCCAGAAAUGGCAGCGUCCCGAGUUUCACGAUAGAACGACUCAUCGAGCUGAGCACGAAGAAGAAUAUUCCAAUCAGGAAUUGUAGUACAGGAAGAGACUUAUCAUUCACCUUGAGCAAGUUUGCAGAGAGCGCAAGACAGUCAUACCCUGAAUUUCAGAACCUAUAUGCUCGGGAUCUUCAUUGUCCGCAGGAAUGGCUUGAAGAAUGCCGGGAGUUGCUCCCAGCAGAGGUGCAAUGGGGAGGGAGACUUGAUCUGUUUCAAUGGCUGCCUCAAUGCGCGAGAAGUGAGGUUAUGAUGGCCUAUGUUGGUAGCGAAGGAAGUUGCUCAGGCUUUCAUCGUUGCUUCUCGAGCACAAUUGCUCUCAAUUUCUUGAUCGAUAGAGAAGAUGAUCGCCCCGUCGUGUGCAUUGGCACCGACUUUGAAUCGCAACAGAAGUACGACGCCUUCAUGUCUUCGAAAGGAGUAUCACCACACUUGGAUUGGCACAACCUGACAACACAAGAGAUGCUACAGGCAGACUUUCCCCUCUACGUCUAUGAUCAAGAAGUCGGUGAUCUGGUAAUCUUACCUCCUGCCACGGCUCAUCAGAUAUGGAAUCCUUCGAUUCUAUCAACCAAGCUCGUGUGGAACAUCCUACAUCCGCUCUCGCUGGAGGUGGGCAUACAACACGUUCAACCACCCUUCAAUAGGCUGUGCCAUCCUGAUGUGGCACGUACGAACUUAUCAUUGGCAUAUGCCAUGUUAUCCUUGAUCGAACAACCACCUAGUGACGCCAUGUCUCCCUCUCUACCACCAGACCUACCUCUUCUUUCCCGCUUGUUCAGAUCCUUAGUGCACGACGAGACCAUAGAAUCCGCUACGCCUCCACAGAUCAGUCUCGUGACUCUACAACAAGGUACAAUUGCAACCUGCAACUUCUGCAGCACAGCAAUCUGGAAUAGACAUGUUCGAUGCACAAUCUGUGCAGAUUUUGAUCUUUGUCUGCUCUGCUACCUGAAUGGCAGAUCAUGCGAGCAUGCACAAUCAUAUGCUUGGGCUGAGCUGGUUCCGCCGGAAAAGUGUAAACAGGUAUUGACUCGCGCAAGAGAAAUUCUAGGGUUCCAACUUGAAGAAGCUCGAUUGCCAGAUAGGCAGAAGACCCUUGGUACUGCUGUCAACGACCUUAUGCAUGCGAAGGAGAGCCAACUGUCGAAACUAUGCCAUCUAUGCAGGAUUGACCAUCCCGAGUGGAAGGGUAAGCGGUGUGAUUCAUGCACAGCUUUCUUCUGCUACCGUGGACUGUUCCGACAUUUCGACAUGCAGCCGAGCGAUGUGCUCCGUCACAGUGGUAUCUGGACCUGCCCGAAGUGUGAAGAGACUUGUAACUGCAGGUGCUGCCAUUUCGCUGAAGCUUAUAUCAAAAGCGAGAAACCUGCGAGCAAACGUCGAGUCAAAGCUAGCGACUCACGUGGUAGAACGAUGGGCUUUGCUGACAAUGUCUUCGAUCAGAAGCGCGGUGGCAGACGUGAAAGUGGCCUGAAUGGUCCCAUGACUGUCGCUCAUCUGGCAGGGAAAAAGCGGGCUAUCGAGUCGAAUGGGCACGAAGGUCCUUCCACACCGUUGCGCAAGCUCGACCUGCCGACUCCGGAACCAGACUUCUCCGCAAGAAUGUACAUGUCUCGCGAGAGCUCAGAUUUCAACGGAAUAUCAUACACAGCGAGCUCACUACCUCCGAUUCUACCGAGUGUCAAAUCUGUCACUGACGAUCACAAUCUUUUGUCGGCUACAUCAGAUGAUCUCGCAAGUCACUUUUCGCCAUCUACUCCGAACUUUAGUGUGAAUGGUCCCAACCACAGCCUUGCGCCAAUACUGUCAGCACGCGGGAUAUAUGCAUCGCCAUACACUGAGCGCAAGCCGCCGCCGAUUCCCCAACCACCUCUCAGUAACACACCACGCAACACUGCAUCUUCUUUCUUGAAUACGGUUACGAAUCAGCCGUCCCCACCACGUACUUCUGCUCCAGCAAACCAUGUGUCAUUUACUACCCACCAUGUCUCUACAGCAUACCCACGAACGACACGACUGGAUCCAGCCCAAAUUACUCCUCAGACCGAAUCUCCUCCAGCAAAUUUGUUCGAAGUGAUCGAUGACUCUAUCAAGAAACUAGAGUCCCAAAUUUCUACACUAAAGAACUACGACGCUGAGUUCAUGGCUAUGAAGCUGGAAGACAGUCGGAGGAUGCUGCGAAGAGAGUUGACGGAGUUAGAGACCCGACUUGAGGCAAAGCGAAAGGACAGAGGCAUAGGUCUUGUCGAAAGGUUGAGACGAGAAGGGUUUGCAGCUCUGGCGGAAUCAGUACAGAGCGAGGUAGGCAUUGAGCCACAACACCUGCGGUCCCCAGGUCUAGCAGACAACGGUGUGUCAAGGUUUGGCCUGGGGUUGAACCACGACUUGACGCCGAACGAAUGA